AUGUUGGUGAUCCUGCUGAACUGUGUGACACUGGGCAUGUUUCAUCCCUGUGAGGACAUCUACUGCAAAUCUGAGAGGUGCAAGAUCCUGCAGAACUUUGAUGACUUCAUCUUUGCAUUCUUUGCCAUUGAAAUGGUGAUCAAAAUGGUGGCUCUUGGGAUUUUUGGCAAGAAGUGUUACCUCGGAGACACGUGGAACCGCUUGGACUUCUUCAUAGUGGUGGCUGGGAUGUUGGAGUACUCCCCCAGCCUGCAGAACGUCAGUUUCUCAGCGGUGAGGACGGUUCGCGUGCUGAGACCUCUGAGAGCCAUCAACCGAGUGCCAAGUAUGCGCAUCCUGGUGACCCUACUGCUGGACACCCUGCCCAUGCUGGGUAACGUGCUGCUGCUGUGCUUCUUUGUCUUCUUCAUAUUUGGCAUCGUGGGCGUCCAGCUGUGGGCCGGCUUGCUCAGAAACCGCUGCUUCGUGGAAGACAACUUCUCCUUCCCUUUCUCUGUGGAGAGAGAUAAAUACUACCACACUGAAAACGAUGACGAGAACCCCUUCAUCUGCUCUCUGGACCGAGAGAACGGCAUGAGAGACUGUGACUCGGUGCCAAAGCUGUAUGAAGAAGGAGGAAUUCAGUGCAACCUGGACAUGUAUUCUUACAACAGCACUGACAACACCACCUGUGUCAACUGGAACCAGUACUACACCAAUUGCUCUGCUGGUCCGGUCAACCCCUUCAAGGGAGCCAUUAACUUUGACAACAUCUGCUAUGCCUGGAUCGCCAUCUUUCAGGUGAUCACUCUGGAGGGCUGGGUGGACAUCAUGUACUUUGUGAUGGAUGCUCACUCCUUCUACAACUUCAUCUACUUCAUCCUACUCAUCAUUAUCGGCUCAUUCUUCAUGAUCAACUUGUGCCUGGUGGUCAUCGCUACUCAGUUCUCAGAGACCAAGCAGAGGGAGAGUCAGCUGAUGAAGGAGCAGCGGGUGCGAUUCAUGUCCAACGCCAGCACCCUGGCCUCCCUCUCUGAGCCGGGCUCCUGCUACGACGAGCUGCUCAAGUACCUGGCUCAUAUCGUCCGCAAGGGAGCCAGGCAAGUGGCCCACGUCUGCAGGCUCUUGGCUCGCCGUGCAGGGCUUAAUAUUGCCGCCUCACCCCCACCCACAGAGCCCCAACGUAGCCACAGCCAGAGAAGGAGGAGAAAGCCCUCCAGGCAGGGAUCUGUGUCAAUUCAUCACAUGGCACACCAUCACCAUCACCACCACCACCACUACAACCUGGGGAAUGGCAGUGUGAGGAGAGGAGGGAGCUUCAGGUGUCUUGAGGGCCGGGAUGUGGAGGCAGGUGCUCAUAACAACAACAGAGGGGCCCUCGUAUCAACCACCGGUGCUGGGCAUCUUGCUUUAUCUCCACCACUUUCAGUGACAGCAGCCACCUCAGAUACAAACCUGGCUACUUUGGCCAACCUUGCUGCUGGAGCCGCUGAUUCGUCUUCAGUCCACACUGUGAUUCACACAGAAAGUCUUCGCUGUACCCCCCCGAUCCCAGGUCCAUUCUCCCUGGCCCCGGCUCCCGUCUCCAGGGCCAUGAAGAGGAACUCUGUACCUUUUGCUGCUCCAGGGCCUAAGAACUACCCCACUCUGCAGGCUCGAGCCCUGGCAGAGUCAAGACGAGGGAGUGUUGCUGUCAGCACUCUGACUAACAUCAGCUUGAAUAUCCCACCCAUGCCCCUGGAGAGACGGCAGUCAAGCCUGGUGGACGCACACACUCCCACAGUUUCUCCAUCUGACCUUUCUCACUCGGCUGCAGCCCAGCUCUCCUGCCAGCUGUCAGCUCGUGACCUUAGCACCACCAGCAGUGCCAUGGACACAGCCGCACUGACAUCGGACCCAGAAAGUUGCCCCUUGUGCGCAAGAGCGCUGGCCAACGAAUCAGAGGGUGGCACUGAGGGCAACGAGACCCCUGGAGACUCCGACAGCGACGGCAUAUAUGAGUUCACCCAGGACCUCCAUCACAGGGACAGGAGAGACAGCCGGCAGCCCAAAAAGAAACACCGUCGUCUGGGCAAGACGGCAGCAAAGGUGGUUCACUUCUGGAGGCUGGUGUGCGACACAUUCAGGAAGAUUGUGGACAGCAAGUACUUUGGACGAGGGAUUAUGAUCGCCAUUCUGAUCAAUACUCUGAGCAUGGGGAUUGAAUAUCAUAAGCAGCCUGAUGAGUUGACCUAUGCGUUGGAGAUCAGUAACGUUGUGUUCACCAGCCUGUUCUCUCUGGAGAUGCUGUUGAAGGUUUUGGUCUACGGGCCCUUCGGCUACAUCAAGAACCCCUACAAUAUCUUCGAUGGCAUCAUCGUGGUGAUCAGUGUGUGGGAGAUCAUGGGUCAGCAGGGUGGCGGUUUGUCGGUGCUGAGGACCUUCCGGCUGAUGCGGGUGCUGAAGUUGGUCCGUUUCAUGCCGGCCCUACAGAGGCAGCUGGUGGUGCUGAUGAAGACCAUGGACAAUGUGGCCACCUUCUGCAUGCUGCUCAUGCUCUUCAUCUUCAUCUUCAGUAUCCUGGGGAUGCAUCUGUUUGGUUGUAAGUUUGGGUCCGAGAGGGAUGGAGGAGACACUCUGCCAGACAGGAAGAACUUUGACUCUCUUCUCUGGGCCAUAGUGACUGUCUUCCAGAUCCUAACCCAGGAGGACUGGAACAAGGUGUUAUAUAACGGCAUGGCUUCCACCUCUCCUGUAGCUGCCCUCUACUUCAUUGCGCUUAUGACCUUUGGCAACUAUGUCCUCUUCAACUUGCUGGUGGCCAUCUUGGUUGAGGGUUUCCAGACAGAGGAAGUGUCCAAGCGGGAGGAUUUGCAUGCCCAGCUGAGCCUAAUUCAGCUGCCUGUAGACUCAGGGGGUGACGCUUCCAAAUUGGGUUCGGAGAUCGAUUCCUGUGCACGAAGUAUGGAGGAUGUUAAUGGCAGCAAGAAGGAUUUAUCAGCCUCUGCAGUAGUGCCUGUAAAUGGCCACGUGGACCUGAAGACCAGCCUGACUCCACCUCUAAUUACCCACACGGCUGCCACUCCCAUGCCCAUACCCAAGUUGCCCAUUGGAGGGGACCCCGUCCUGGGCUACGAGUCCCGUCGAGGCAGUAACGUCUCCAUAGACCAAGCCUGUUAUGACAAAUCACCGACCAGCGCCCAGAGCUCUUCCCCACACGCCCCAUGGAGCUCUGGCAGCGGCUGGACCAGCCGCCGGUCCAGCUGGAACAGCCUGGGUCGUGCCCCGUCACUCAAACGCCAGAAGCGGCAGUCUGGGGAGCGGCGGUCUCUCCUCUCCGGGGAGGGUGGCUCCAGCUCGGAUGACGGGGAAGGCGGAGGUGGGUUGAUGGACGAAGACGACGCUUCUCUGGCCAGGACGGACUCCAUGUCCCAGUCGCAGAGAAGACCCAGACACCGGAGGAUGGAGUCAGUGGAGACUCGGAGCUCUAUGGAUUUGCACCCUGAUGCUCUGCUGCAGGUGCCCUACCUGUACCGCUCAGCCAGUAUGCACAGCUCCAGGCCCCCUUCACUGGGACACUUACGGCCCCCUGAGCACAGCGACUGCAAUGGGAAGGGGUCUCCAUCGGUCCUGGGCCCCACACAUGUCUCUCUGGAGGAAAACACUGAAGACGAAAAUGCAGAUGACGAGGCCAGCCUGGGUCGUUUUGCCAGACUGUUCCGCUGGCUGGAGAAGAAGCAGCCGGAGUGGUGUAAACAAAGAGACACCUGGUCACUCUACCUCUUCCCUCCAGACUCAAGGUUUCGCAUCCUGUGCAAUAAGAUUAUCACCCACAAGAUGUUUGACCAUAUUGUGUUGGUCAUUAUCUUCCUCAACUGCAUCACCAUCGCCAUCGAGAGACCUAGCAUCACCACUGCCGAGCGGAUCUUCCUAAAAUUAUCAAACUACAUCUUCACGGCAAUUUUUGUGGCUGAGAUGACUAUAAAGAUCGUAGCUUUGGGCUGGUGUUUUGGGGACAAGGCCUACCUGAGGAGCAGCUGGAACAUUCUGGACGGGAUGUUGGUGAUGAUCUCUGUUAUCGACAUCCUCGUGUCUCUCAUCUCCAACUCUGGUACCAAGAUCCUGGGCAUGCUCAGAGUGCUGAGGCUGCUGAGGACCCUGAGGCCACUACGUGUGAUCAGCAGAGCCCCAGGGCUGAAGCUGGUGGUGGAGACUCUGAUGUCGUCACUGAAGCCCAUCGGCAACAUCGUGGUCAUCUGCUGCGCCUUCUUCAUUAUCUUUGGCAUCCUAGGAGUACAGCUCUUCAAGGGGAAGUUCUUCGUGUGUCAAGGAGAGAGUGUACAGAAUAUCACUAACAAGUCAGACUGUUUGCAGGCCAACUACAAAUGGGUCAGACACAAGUACAACUUUGACAACCUUGGACAGGCCUUGAUGUCUCUGUUUGUUCUGGCAUCAAAAGACGGCUGGGUGGACAUUAUGUAUGAUGGUCUGGAUGCUGUAGGAGUUGACAUACAGCCGAGAAUGAACCACAACCCAUGGAUGCUACUCUACUUCAUCUCCUUCCUGUUGAUCGUAGCCUUCUUUGUGCUCAACAUGUUCGUGGGUGUCGUGGUGGAGAACUUCCACAAGUGCCGGCGCCACCAGGAGGCUGAGGAGGCCAAGCGCAGGGAGGAGAAGAGACUGAAACGCAUGGAGAAAAAGAGACGGAGUAAGGAGAAGGAGCUGGCUGAAGCUCAGAGUAAACCCUACUACUCAGAUUACUCCCCCAUUCGCCGACUCAUCCACAAGAUGUGCACCAGCCCCCACCUGGAUCUGUUCAUCACCAUCGUCAUAGGACUCAACGUCAUCACCAUGUCCAUGGAGCACUACAAGCAGCCCAAGGAGUUGGACAAGGCAUUGGAGAUCUGUAACUACAUCUUCACCCUCAUCUUUGUGCUGGAAUCCGUCUUCAAGCUGGUGGCCUUCGGCUUCCGACGCUUCUUCAAGGACAAGUGGAACCUGCUGGAUCUGGCCAUUGUGCUGCUGUCCAUCAUGGGCAUCACUCUGGAGGAGAUUGACGGCAAAGCUUCAUUGCCCAUCAACCCCACCAUUAUCCGCAUCAUGAGAGUGCUGAGGAUUGCACGAGUUUUGAAGCUCUUGAAGAUGGCGGUGGGGAUGAGAGCUUUGCUGGACACCGUUAUGCAAGCCCUGCCUCAGGUGGGGAAUCUGGGUCUUCUCUUCAUGCUUCUCUUCUUUAUCUAUGCAGCCCUGGGAGUGGAGCUGUUUGGUGACUUGAUCUGUGAUGAACUCCACCCAUGUGAAGGUCUGGGGCGCUACGCCUCAUUCAAAAACUUUGGGAUGGCAUUUCUGCUGCUAUUCAGAGUUUCCACUGGAGACAACUGGAAUGGCAUAAUGAAGGACACAUUAAGGGACUGCGCUCAGGACACCAACACCUGCUACAACGCCGUGGUCUCUCCCAUCUACUUCGUCUCCUUUGUUCUGACCGCUCAGUUUGUCCUCGUCAACGUCGUCAUUGCUGUCCUGAUGAAGCACCUGGAGGAGAGCAACAAGGAAGCCAAGGAGGAGGAGGCAGAGUUGGAGCUGGAACGGCAGUUAGAAGCGGGAGAGACAGCGCUGAGGUCGCCCCAGCUCAACCCUCUGGCACUGGGCACGGACAGAUCGAGUUCUGGGGGCUCCCCCUGGAGGUCCACUGGAGGAGGGGACAGGGAGCAGGAAAGAGAUGGUCCUAUGGACUCGCCCACUGCUGAUAUAACCAGAGACCCUGUAAACAUCAGAGCAGACCCCCCUUCUUGCCUGGAUCCCCCACUGGAGUUUGUCCAGCGGAGAGCACAGUUUGACUCGGUCUCCCUGGUCAUCCAGGGUUCAAUGGAGGGAGAGUUGAGUUUGAUGGACAACCUGUCUGGCUCUAUCUGCCACUACUACGCGCUGCCCCCCAAGCCCAGCAAGCACAGCACCGACAAGAAGAUCCCUCUAGCGGAGAUGGAAGCUCUGUCUCUGGCCUCUGAGAAAUCCUGGUCCCUAGCUCUGACAGACGACUCGGCCCCUGACGAUUUUAACCCCCUCUUUCUAACCACUCUGGAAUGCAAUCCGGAGCAGCUAGAUCCUGGGGAGCCACUGGAGGACAACCUGCUGAGCGUCAGGAAGCCCACGGUGGGACGCACACACUCCCUGCCCAACGACAGCUACAUGUUCCUCCCCCUGCAGCCAUGUGGCAACACGACCGUGGCUUCACCACAUCUUCUAGCACAGACACAGGGGCCUGAGCACAUACUGGGCACCCACAGGUCCCAGUCAGGCUCCAGCAGCUCGGUGCGUUCACAACCAGAGGAGCGUUCCCAGCAGCUGACUGUUCCAACAGACCUCUUCAGACCUAUCAGCCCCCACAGCCACUCAGACUCGGAGAGUAUACCACGACUUCCCCCUCCCAGACGCACACACACAUUCAGCCGCACGCUUCGCAGACAGCUCAGUUGGUCCCAAAAGCCGCCCGACCCUGAGCUACUGCACAAACACAGAUACUCCUGUUUCUGAAACAGCAACAAACAGCAGACAUUAGCUACCACUGGGCCUUUCAGAAACACUGUUCUCCAUGAUCAUCAACCAACAGACAGACAGAUUAACAAACACACAGGCUUCCCUCAUUUUUCGCCUUUGUCACUCAUUUGAUUUUUAUUUCCUGCUAACCAUCAGCCACAAAGCAUCUAAACUCUAUAACAGGUAACUCUGCCUGUAGGAAACCUCACUAAUCCUUCUAAACCUAAGCAGCAGGAGUUGGGUGUAACAUUGCAUCAGUGGAUUUUUCAGUAGCUGAGAGACAGAAUGUAUUCAAGCCAGACAAAGAUAUUAUUUGGCCGAGGAUUUUACCCACAAUGCAGUGCACUUACUAAUAUAAACAAUACAACUCAGGGGAUUGCAACAGAACAGCGAGUGCUGUCCAUAUGCAUUAGGCCAUUUUGUACACACAGUACCACAGUGAUAGAGCACUUGUGACUUUUCUAUUGACUAGAUUAGCUCUACAUAGGUACAUAGAUGUUGAUCAGAGUGCAGUAGUUAUUGCACUAAACCCAAUUUUACUUUAAAAAAAAGUGUGACAGGGUGAUUUCUUCUUAGUAAUGUUGCAGUUAUGAUUUGUUACUCGGUGUUGUAGUGCUCUGGCUGGUGAUUGGCCUGGCCUGGUUGUGAUAUCUUUGACCACUAGGUGUCUCUGUGGUCCCACCAUUCAGGCUCAGGCAGGGAAACCCAUGAUUUCAAACAUUUCUCAAAGUGCCCUACAACUCAUGCAUGCUUUGCUUCCUCAUCUCUAGAGAUUCAAGACACUUUAGUUGAUUUAAUUCAACUCAAUUAUAUUCAAAUAUUAUUGUAAUUUCCUCCCCCCAAGUUUGUUUCUGUGAGGAACGAGUCAUUUUUUGAGUUUUAGCAACCAUGGUGCUUACUAACGCUUCCUCUUCUACAGUGUUUACAUAUUAUGUUUACCCUCUGACUGUUGGCCUCACACCCUGUGGACGGUUUUGUUCAGAGGCAAGGAUGACGGCACGGAAACACUGAUCAGAAUUUGGCUGUAAAUUGAACUACAAACUGCACUCCAGACAGUUUACAGGGUUUUGUGUGAAUGGUCAAAGGUCAGAGGGUCAGGUGGUGUGGCUCAGAGUUCACUGUGUCAGCUGGUGCUCAAUCAGCUGAGUCCUCCUGUCCAAUCGAAAAGAAGCAGCGUACACUUUCCUGGUGAUAAAAACAGAUAUGAGCUCCUUACAUGGAAAUAUUCACGUCAGUUGGCACCUCCUCUAAAGUACUGAACUGUAGCAUGACUUACAGGAAAGUGACACACCUCUGUAUUUAUUACAUUCCAGCAAAGUGAAGGGUCAUUCUGUUUUCACAAUCUUUAUAUAUUUAUAUAUAUAAUAUAUAUUUUCAAGAGAAUCACAAUAGUGAUGUUGAGAGUGUCAGGGAAGUUUGAGUACAAGAAGUUAAUUUUACAGUCAUCACAUCCCUUUAAAGACCCCUUUUAAGACAAAUAAAUAAUACUGUGUUUUGAAAUAUAAUUUGCAUCCGAUACAGGUCCUUAGCACAAGUUAGGUUGAUUUAAAUUUGUCAUUUAAUUGAUUAAAAAUGCAUCCACUCCUGCCUUAUUAGAAAAUCCAGAAUAUGCACAUAGUGUUAAAUACAUAAGUCGGACACAGUCAGUUCUCAGUGUAUGUGACCUGGAGAUUUUACAUUCCCACAUCACUCUUGCGUAAGUUUCAUAGAUCAGAGGGCUGUAUCACGAAGCACGAAGUAGCUGGACUGACAAACCCUAAAGCCUCACUCAGAGGUAACGGGUAUCACAUGGGUGGUUAUCAACUUGCUCUGUUAACCCAGGCUUUCUGCUUCAGGCUCUGUUUGCAUUCCCUUAAAAUUAGUCAAAUGACGAAUUCAGCACAUUAUCUGACUCUUAAAAUUAAACAAGUGCAUGCUGCUUACUUUCACCUUUGAAGAAUAUUGACAAACCUUCCAAUUUUAUUGUGAAGCAAUGAAGUAAUGAAAAUGCUUAGGGGAAAUGUAUUGGAGUUAAGGUAUACAUUUUACUUAGGAAAUGUGGUGGAGUAAAAGCAGAAGUUUAAGAAAUAUAAAAAUUCAAGUAGAGUGCAUAUACUUUCUAGAAAUACUUAAAUAUUCUAACAAAGUGUUAUUACACCACUUAUUAAUAAUGUAGUAAACUAUUAAAGUAUAAUGUUACCUGUGGAUUUAUAAAAAGCUUUUAGAGCCAGUGUGGGCAAAUGGACCAGAGAACACUACAAACACAUUCAGGGAGUUCAGGGAGAAGAACAGAUUUUCUGCAUCAUUAAAAUACUCUAGGUUCCUAUGGUUAAAAAAACCACAUGAUACGUACAGUAAGUGCUACUGUAAUCGCACUGCUUCGUUUGGUGGCACUAAUGAAAUGUUACAGCUCAAUAAAUUGGAUUAAGUGCAUUUAUAACAUGUUCCCCCAGAUGAGAAUCUGUAUUGCUCAUAGAUUGACAUUGAUUAUAGAGCGAGGCUACUCGCCGAUUUCAAACUGAAACUCAGGGCAAAAAACUGGUCUAUUCCAGGUUUGGUCUCCAGCAUCAGUUACCAUAGCAAUCCAGGCAGAUUAAGAGACAGCCAGCUUCUAUUAGGCCCAGCAUACCUCCCUAACCCAGUGGUGUUGCUUCAUGAUACAUCCCAUGGCCCAAAGUCCUGCUGGCACACACGCACAUGUUGAACUGAGAUUUAGGGCGAGCAGCACAGAGAAACUUUCCUUCUUCAGCAGAUGAAUGUGAAAAAAACCUCUGCACAUACAUCAUUCAGUGCAGUGACACUCAGACAUCCGAGUGAAGUAAGAACAAUAAUCACUGAAGAAUGGAGGGGGGCUUUGACAAAUAUUCCUAUCAGAUGUGAAAACAAAAUACUGGCUCAACAGAAGCACUGCGCAGUAAAUUAAUAACACAAAACCAAAGAACACAUCCAAUAAUGUCAAAAGCUGUUUACCCAACUUUCUCUUGACAAAUCGUAAUAUGGAAUUCUGCCAUUGAGUAAUCCAGUGUAACCUCUGGCUUAUAAUUCAUGGCACAGUGUUGCAAUCCAUUUCAGCCGCACGCUGCCUUCAAUAAGAAGUACAGAGAGGACUCUGGGGACAUGCUGAUCAGACUGUGAACUUUGACCCCAACUACUGCUUCUCAUCCUCAUCACCUCUCACUAACUAGUCUCCCCUCUCAUCGCCCUGAUCCCCUGAUCUCCCCCUCCCUUCCCUCACCGCACAUUUACCUCCAUCUCCUCGCCCUUCUCUCCUAAAUAUUUCAUCCCCCCCCGUCUCCCCUCCAU